GUUCCUCCCCCACCGUCCGGCUAAGCGUGCACACUAGUGUUUUGACUGACAUCCGUGCGAGCACCGAGUAGAACGGUUCGUUGAGUUACUGAACGGGUAGAUGAAUAAACACCAUGGUGGGAGUGACGUGCAUGUCUGAGCAGGUGAGGGUGUGAUUCCUGUACGAUUGGUUGCGGAAGACAGACAGACAACCGGACAGAUUGAGACUGUCGGGGGGAGAGGAAGAAUGGCUCAAAACGUUAACUUUGACCUGAACCACCCUCUCAUGGAAGCUGGACUGGAGAGCCCAGUGGACGAGGAAGGUGUUCAUGACUCGUUCAACCAGCUGAUAGCAGAGCAGAGUCAGAAUGGAGGACUGUCUGACGCCUAUGAGCUGCAGCAGCUGCAGAGACAACUGGACGAGGAGGGUCAAGAUAAUGUGGCCUACCUGACCAGCCCUGACCAUGACUUUAGAGACAGGAGGCAGGGACAAAGAGGGGUUGAAUGGGAGGAUGAUGAAAGACCGAUAGACCCCCUCGUAGCUGAACGCUGGUCCUCGGCCACCUUGAAGAUCCUGUCGUCCAUGCCCAGUCGCACCAUUGGCCGCAACAGGGGAGCCAUCAUCUCUCAGUACUACAACAAGACCAUGCAGCUUCGGAGACGCAGGCAGAGCAGACCUGCCAUCCGAGACUUCUCUCACUCUGCCAGGCCCAGCAUACGAGGCUACGGGAUGGAGGCAGACACUCCGGACGCAGAUGGUGCAGAGAUGACUAAAAGGGAACGUUUGGUGAACAACCUGCAGAACCUUUCAGUAAGCGACCGAGUCAGGAUGCUCAGAGGAAUGCCACUCAGCGUGGCCGAGAAGAGUGAACUCAGGAGGUUAGCAUUACAAAAGGAGAGACGCACACUUUCUGGCAAGCGGAUCCCCUGUUGCAGUCGACUCAAAUAUUACAUCAUAAUUGCUAUGAGACAGAGUUGGUACAGCUGGCUGUCCUUCCUUCACUCCCUCCAGCUGUGGCAAGUGGCACUCAAGAGAGUUAGCGGGCGUUUCGGCACUGGAGUCCUCUCAUACUUCCUGUUCCUUAAGACCCUACUCUUCUUCAACCUCUUCCUGUUCCUGGUGAUGGGUGCGUUCCUGGUGCUGCCUCAGGCAGUGCACCCUCCAACGCCGCCUGCUGAGAAAUGCAUCUUCACUGGACUGGAGCUUCUCACCGGAGCGGGCUCUUUCUCAGACACAGUGAUGUACUAUGGACACUACAGUAACUACACACUGCAUAGGAGCUGCAGGGAUGAUGGUGGAGGGCAGAAUAUCUCUGUGUUCAAUAGAACCAGGCCGGACUGUGUGUCGAAACACCUGUCCUACAACAUGCCACUUGCAUACUUCUUCACUAUAGGAGUGGCCUUCUUCAUCACAUGUAUCAUCCUUGUGUACAGCAUGUCCAAGUCAUUCGGCCGGAGCUUCCGAAUCGACAAAUCUCACAGUAUCCUGGCCAUGAAGGUUUUCUGCUCCUGGGACUUCAAGGUCAUCAAGAAAACUUCUGUUAAACUCAUGUCUGAGAAUAUCUGCACCCAGCUCAAGGAGCUGUUGGCAGAGGUGAACCAUAAACACGUCAAGAACACUGUGGGCCAGAGGCUGUGGAGACUGAUGGUCCACGGCCUAGCAUGGGCCAUCUGCAUAGCAGGCACCACUGCCUGUGUGAUCAGCAUUUACUUCUUCUCUGAUUACAUGCACCAGAAUUCUGCUUGGGGUGCUACUGAUGCCCAGAACAUCCAGAACAACCUCAGCCUGCUGGCUCUGCCUGUGGUGGUGUCGCUCAUCAACCUGCUGCUGCCCGGCCUGUUCAACCUCGCAGCCUGGAUGGAGGACUACCAGUCUCCCUCUGUACGCACGUAUGUCGCCAUCGGCAGGAACCUGAUGUUAAAAGUGAGCGUUCUUGGCGUCCUGUGUUACCACUGGCUCGAUCGCGUGGCUGCUGGUACAACCUUUAAGGUGAAGUGCUGGGAGAGUUUUGUUGGCCAGGAACUUUAUCGCUUCCUUCUCAUGGACUUUAUCUUCACUCUGCUGGACACCUUGUUAGGAGAGUUUCUUUGGAGGUUGUUUUCUGAGAAGGUGCUGAAGAGGAGGAGGAAACCAGUCUUUGACAUUGCCAGGAAUGUCCUUGAGCUCAUCUAUGGACAGACUUUAGCCUGGUUGGGUGUUCUCUUCACUCCUCUCCUGCCUGCAGUGCAGAUACUUAAACUCUUGUUGCUCUUCUACAUCAAGAAGAGCAGUGUCAUGAUGAACUGUCAGGCUCCCAGUAAGCCAUACAGAGUCAGCCAGAUGACCACCAUCUUCAUCACUCUCCUCUGCUUCCCCUCCUUCCUUGGUGUCUCCGUGUGUGUCACAUACACCAUGUGGAGUAUCCCGCCCUCCUCAUCGUGCGGUCCGUUCCGCGGGCUCCAAAAGAUGCUCCAGGCAGGGAAGCGCUGGGUGGAACAACUGGAAGAAGAUAAUCCCAACCUGUCUGUGCUGGCCAGGGCUCACUCAUACCUGGUGGAAAAUCCUUUCUUCCUGUUUGUGGGAGCAGGCAUCUUUCUGAUAGUCAUCUACUUCCACAGUCAGGUGGUGGACGGUCAAAGGAAGAUCAUCAGUUUAUUACAGGAGCAGAUAAAAAAUGAGGGAGAUGAUAAAAAGUUUCUCAUCACUCGCCUCCAGUCCAUCCAUGAGAAAAAACGAACCCCCGCUCGAAGACUCAGAAGUCAGGACUCUUCAUGUUGAGACAGUUGACUCUCCAGUAGAAGAGCUUCAAUUCUCUGAGCACUGUCUGAGGUCUGGGGAAAUCUUAAACCAGCGGGAACAUGACUGGAAUAUUCACAUCGAAGCACUCCUGUAAAUAUGACCAAAAUCAAGUGUACUAUGCAUUUUGGCUGGAGUGUGGAGUGUAGAGGUGAGGAGCAAACAACAUGAAAAUAUCAGGUAAAACAAAGCUAACUGUUUUAUACAGUGCAACAUACAGAUGAAACAUCUGAACUCAAACUGAGACUAUUGAUAGACAUGAGAACUGCUCAAGAGAACUGAGAAAAGACACAGAGGCGUCACCAGAGAGGAAGAGAACUGAACACCUGUGUUUGUUGCUUUUGAGUUCCAAAAAGCAAACUGAGCAGAAAGCAAGUAAUUCUGUGCAAGAACACAAACUGUGUAACAGAGAAAUCUUUAAACUGAUGCCAUCAGGUAAAAGAGAUUUCAGUCAUCUCUCAUGCACUUUCAUACCUACUGUGAAAUGUUUUUUUAUGCUUUUAAUUUUUAAAAUAAUUUUAUUAGUAUGUUUGUUGUAGGUAAACUUUGGAUGUUGUGGGUGUGAGGAUAAUACUGUAAAUGACGCCAUUUUAUAUUUUGUUUUCUGAGUUGUUCUUUUAGGGUGAUACCUGCAACUGUAUUGUCAUACUUUUGUAAUUAAAUUAUGUUUUAUCAUA